UAUUUAUUUAAACAUAAGAAAAACACCAAACUAAGUAAAAUCAAGAAAGAUAACACAAAAUUAUACAUUUUAGAUAAAAUCCAAAGCAAUUUUAAAUUUGGAUGUUUCGAUCUAAGCUGUUUCUCAGCUUUAAAGACUAGUUUGUAGGAGGUUAGUAUAAUAAAUAGAAAGAAGCAUUCCUCGAGGAAUAGCUUAAAAUAAUAUCUAGUUUUAAGAUAAUAUUUUCUAUUGGUAUAGUUUCCUAUUGUAUUUUUGAAUUAGAUGAAUAAUAUAACUUAAUAUUUAAAAUACUUCCUUAUUUCUUUGUAUGGCUAGCAAUUUUGGUUGCAACUAUCAAAGUUAAAUAAAACUAUAAAAUUUAUGUACUAAAACGAAUAAUGGUAAUUUUGAUUGAAAUAGCUUAUACUAUUGUAUACAGAGAAGUUUUAAUGAGGAGAUUUUCUAUAGAUAACAGUUAAAUUUUAAGCAAAGUACAGCUAUAUUUUCUCUUAUUCUUCCAAUUAAAUUAACUUAUCACUAUUUGCAUAUUUGAUAGCUGGAUUAUGAAAAUAUUUCACCUUAUAUUUCAUACAGAAUAUAUUGUUUUUAGACUUAUUGAGCCUAAUUUUUGGAUUAUGAUUUUACAAAUAGGAUUGGGAUUUGCUACCUUACUUUAUUAUAAUUCUGAAUUUUUAAAUAAGAAAAAUUUUUGGAAAUAAACAAUUAAAUAUGAAAACUCAAGAGGCUGGCAGUAUCUUAUAGAUUAAUUUUUACCACUGCAAAUAUUUGUAGUCAGUUACUCAAAAUAAAUAAAAAAAUCUUCACAAGAUAAAUAAUAGCCUGAAAAAGAGAAUGCUCUGAAGUAAUAGAAUCCAUCUACAAUUAAGUAAUUCAACUCAACCAAUUUCAAUAGUAAUAAAGAUACCAAAUUAAGAAAUACAAUAUAACAAUCUCAUGCUUUAAGUGACAAAUGCAAAUCAGAUGCAAUACUAAACUAUGCAAAAGACAGCUAAUAGCAAGAAAGUAGUAGUUAUAAAUUAAUUAGAAAAGAAGAUCUUGAGGUCAUGUUUUGUAACAAAAAUAUCUUGCAGAUUUUUAAUUUAACUUAAAAAAAUGAUUUAAUUGAUAUUGCUGAGAACAUGUUUUUUCCUUCUGCAGUUUAGCAUUAAAGCUAAUCAUACAAUUUUUAAAAGCUAGAUUCUCCAGAAAGUAAGUAAACUACUGAUCCUCAUUUUAUGAAUACAGUAACAAAAAUUAAAUGUAAUGAAGUGAGCUCUUCUGAAAUGAGCUGCGAUGAAAGCGAAUCUACCACAUCAUAAAAAUUUGUGCCUAAAAACUUAUUAGAAAAACUAUAGUAUGAUUUAUAUCCUCUUUACUAACAAGAGCAGUGCUAAAUCAAUAAUGUGAAUGAAUAACAAGAAGAUGAUGAAGAGGAUGAUGAUGAUGAUGAAUAAAACUAAAAUUAUGAUUUCGAAUCUUUCAAUUAAUUUAGGCAAUUUGGGAACAUUUAAUUUAAUUAGAUAUUUUAAGACUUUGAAUUUUUGAAAUGUAGCAACAGUAACUACAAUAAUGGAGACAUUUAUUGUAACAUAAAAUAUUGUCACAAAAAUAAAAAGAAUAAGACUUUUGAUUUAAAAAUAAUUAAGUGUAUGUGGAAAAAAAAGAGUUCCUUUAUUGUUAUGAUGACAGAUAUAAGCAAAAAAGAGCAAAUGUUGAGAAUGAGAGAAAUAGAUAAAUUCAAAGAUAAAGUGAUUGAUUCUAUAACUCAUAAUCUUAAAACUCCACUCAAUGGAAUUUUGCUAUCUUGUCAAACAUUAUAAAUGAAUUUGAAGUAGUCCGAAAAUUUGGAAAUUCUUGAACAUAUUUAUUAAAAUAGUUUCAUUUUACUUAACAUGAUAAAUGACAUUCUCGAUUACUCAAGGUUCCUCAAAGAUUAGCUUAAAUUAGAAAUGAAAGAAUAUAACAUGAGCAGUAUUUUAGAUGAAAUAUAUGCAAUAAUGAAGUUACAAUUUGACAUCAAAAAGCUUUAGUUUAAUAUCAAGGACUACACGAUGGACGCUUAGAUAUUUACAGAUAAAAAUAGGCUGAUCCAAGUUCUUCUUUAAUUCCUUACAAAUUCAAUAAAAUUUACUCAAAAAGGAUACGUAAAGCUUAAAGUAUCUAAAUAUAAAAAUGCUUUUAAAUUCACGAUUGAAGAUACAGGAUAAGGAAUGUCUAAGCAACAAAUAGAGAGACUAGGAAACCUAUUCAUGCAACCUCACAAGUCCUAUCAACAUGGUGUUGGACUUGGUUUUAUCAUGUGCAAACAUCUCUUAGAUAAAAUGAGUUCAGAAAAUAAUUUAACAGUGGUUUCAGAAGAAAAUAAGGGGACAACAGUAAUAUUCUUUAUAAGAAGCGAUCACCCCUAAAAUAAAAUUUAAAAUAGAUAAAUUACAGAAAAUAAUAAUAAUGAAUUGUAAAAUCAGAAGUAAAAUUUAGUUACAGCUGACCAUAGCGAAGAAUAAAAUAAUCCAAAAAUGUAGAAGAAAAAUAGUCUUUAUAUUAUGGCUAGCGAUCACUUAAAGUAGGCUAUAGAACACGAAAUCUAGGAUAAUAAAGAAAAUGCCAUACAUCCUUAAUUAAAUAAAAAAUAUAUCCCUCAUUUAAACACAUAGAAUCCCCCAUAAAAAUAAUUAGACGAUUAGUAUAGUAGUUAAGAGUAUUCUAUUGGACAUAAUUAACAAAGUUUUUUAAAUUUUAAGCAAGAAAAAAUAUUCUACACUCCUGAAAGCAUUCAUAAUGCAAAGCUUCCUCCUCAUUUUGGAUCUCCUAGCUUAUUCAGCUUAGCUGGCUAAAGAGAUAGCAUAGUAAUGGAUUAAAGCCACUAUCUUUAUGGAAAUAACUAAUAGUAAUUUUAUGGGAAAUCUAGUUUUCAUGAUAACCAUCGAAUAUCUGAAAUUAAAUAAGAUAUUGAUACCUUAAGUAAAUAAUAUCAUAGCUAAUAGGAUUUAUAACAGUCAAGAAGAUCUUCUCAGAAUAAAAGAAUUGUUAGUAUAUUUCAAGAUAAAAAUAGAGAAAAUUAGGUUCAUAAUCAUAAGUCGCUAACAUAUCCAUAGGAUGUUGCAGCAUUAUAGAAACAUGCUAAAACUUUAAAUCACUUGACUGAAAAUACCAAUCAAAACACAGUUUAAUAAAAUAAAUUUAAUAGCAGAACACAUUCGUUAUACUAAGAAGAGUAUCUGCCCUAGCUCAAUAUGUAAGAGAGUAUAUUUGUGUGUCCAAAUUCAUCCUAAAACAACUUAAACUAAAAAUCUUUUAAUUGUAUUAAUUUAAGUAGUACAAACAAUAAAAAUAAAAUAUAAUUUAACAACAACAACAAUAAUGUUAAUAACUUAUAAUAUCAAAAUUAAUUUGUAAAUAUAUAAAAACCAAAUUAAAAACCGCUACUUAAUACCAAUUUUUAAAAGCCAUAAUAACCAUCAAUAAACUUAAUAUCACAGAUAUAUGUUUCUUCUCAUUCUGAUUCCUCUAUUGAAAACAAUGAGGAUGAUAAAGAUUUUGAAUUGAGAGAGAAGCAAAUGAGUGAGAAUAAGUAAUAGAUUAAAGUUUAUUGCUAAGAAAAAAAAGUUAAAGAUGAUUUUAGUUGUUUUCAUUUCUCUAAUAGCCUUACUAGGAGCUAAUCUUAGAAUGUGUAGAGAGAAGAAGAUUAGAUUUAAGAAGAUUAAGAAAAAUUAAUUAUUAGGCAUUUAAAUUUCUAAAACUUGCGCUCUACUCCUCAAAAAUAUCAAUCAAAUGAAUAGGUAAAUGAAUGUCACUCUAAUAAUAAGAUUUUGUAAUAAUUAACGACUCCAACUUUAAAAUAUAUAGACGCUUCCCCUUUUAAUGAUAAGUGUGAAUAAAAUGAUAAUUUAUUAAAUAACCACUUAAAUAAUUAAAUUACCUAAAGUCCUGCAACAAACAUCACAAAUAUUUCUCAUCAGCAUGGUAAUAAAGCAAAUGAUGAAAAAAUAUCUGUGAGCAUCCCUUGUUUGAAUAAUUGUUAAGAAACAAUAAGCAAGCCUCAUCAAAUUUAAAAAUAAAAAAUAGUUUCUUAGCUCAAUUUAAAAAUACCUUCGGAUCAAGCAAUUUAACCUUAUGUUAAUACAACAUAUUAGGAUUUAGUAACAAACAUUUAAAAUCUGAUUGAGAAUAAGAUUUAAAAAAUUUUAAUAGUUGAUGACAACCCCUUUAAUAUACUCUGUCUCUAAACUUUGCUGAAAAAAUUUAAUUUCUUGAAAACUUAUGAAGCACAUGACGGAAAAGAAGCUGUUGAAAAAGUACAGAAAGAGCACUUCGAUCUUAUACUAAUGGAUGUAAAUAUGCCUGUGAUGGAUGGUCUAGAAGCAACUGCCAGAAUAAAAGAAAUGCUACGUAACAAUAUAAUAGAGCCAACAAAAAUUUUUAUCGUGACAGCUUUUGGAGACUCUUUAGACAAGUAAAAAGCCCUAAAAAUAGGAGCAGACGCUCAUAUCUGCAAACCUAUGACUCUGGCUACGCUUUAUAACGAAUUAAAGCACAAUUUUUGAAUAAAUUAUAAUAAAUUUGAUAAGAAAAAAAUAUAUAUUAAACAGAAUAAUAAUCAUAUAUUAAUUAUGCUAAAUUACAAACAGAUUUUAAAAAAAAUAUUAAACAAACCAACUAACCAACAUUAAUUACUUUAAAUACUAAAAUAAAUGAGCACCCUCUCGCUUUGUACAUUAUUUUUUCACUAAAUUAGAACAAUUAAAUUUUUGAAGUUAAUUUAUUUCUUAAUAAAAUAAAAUAUUUAAAAACAGUGAAUAUUGUUAAUUUAUAUAUUUCUAUUUAUUUAUUUGUUAAUCAGUCAGUUAUUUAGUUAAUGUAAAUGCACU